AUGGCUAGUCUCAGUGUCCUUACUUUUGAUGCUGAGGGUCGGGCAGUUGACUUUGAGGUCUGGCUAGAUGAUCUGCAGCUUUUCCUACAGUGCGAUAGCAAGGACGGUCUCUCACUGUUCGAUCUCACGUCUGGCGCCUCUACUGCCCCUGCUGCUGAUGCUGACAGUACUGUUCGCUCGCAGUGGACCACGCGCGAUGCUGCUGCCCGCCUUGCUGUGCGUAGUCACCUACCGUCUACUGAGCGCGCGCACUUUAGUCAGUACAAGAGUGCUAAGACUCUGUACGACGCUGUAGUUGCACGCUACAGCUCCCCUGCCACUGCUGCCCUCAGCCGCCUCAUGCUGCCGUACCUUUUUCCUGACCUUGCCGCCUUUGCCACAGUUGCUGACCUGGUUGCUCACCUUCGCACCAGUGACGCCCGCUACCGCGCUGCCCUUCCCACUGCGGACCACUUUCUCUCCCUAUGCCCCACCGAGCUGACUGUCGACUUGCUAGAGGAGCGCCUUGCUGCAGCUGAGAAGAGUAUCUUAGCUGUCGGUGCUUCUCGCGGCGACCGUCGCACCCCCUUCUUUGAGGGGUGUUCCCCUGUCCCCCUUCUCCCUCUGUUGCCUCUGCUGCUGCUGUCAACCUCGUUGGCACUGAGGAGGUCGGCGCUGCGUCUGCCUCUAGUGGGCGACGCCGCACCGGCAAGGGCAAGGGAAGCAGGGGUGGUGGAGGGGGCGGUGGGGGAAGCGGUGGAGGCGGUGGAGGAGGUGGAGGUGGUGGUGGGGGUGGUACAGGGAGUGGGGGAGUCGGUGGCGGCAGAGUGGAGGCCGUGGCGGCGGGUGGCGGAGGGGGUGGAGGCGGCGGCAGCGGUGGUGGAGGUAGCGGAGGAGGUGGUGCUGGUCGCGGUGCAGCCACGCAGCGUGGAGGCCUUGGUGGCAGCCAGCGCCAGCAGCAGCAGCGCACCCGUGAGACCCCGUCGGUUCAGCAGCUUCGUGAGUGGUACGCUGGGCGUGGGAGGUCUGGGGGUGCGGGUCCCUGCUCUUACGUUCUUCGCACCGGCACUCGGAGUGGGGAGGUGUGUGGUCUCCCACACACCACGCAGCGCUGCUUCGGCCCGCUUGACUGACGCUUGGCGUGCCCAGUUUCCUGACGCCGUUAAGCUUCCUCGUUGGCAUGAUCUGCUUCUGCAGAAUGUGCCUAUCUUUGAUCUAGACUUUGAUGCUAUCCUUGCUGCCAUGUAUGCUUUUGCUGAUAUUACUGAGGGUGACUGUUACCUGCGUGUCCCGCCCGACCCGGGCACUGUGGGUGCUGCUCUAGGUGCUAGUGCGGCUGCUGCUCUAGAGACAGCACCACGCUCACGCCGCCUCAGUCGGCCUGUUGCGGUCUCCCUUGCUGACCCCUCCGGGGGCCCGGUCCUUGCACACUCCUCCACGGUUCUACCGUGUCCUGCGGCCCCGUCGGGCUUGCUGUCGGGACUCCACCUCCCCUCGUUCUCUACGAACUUGGUGAGUAGAGCUGACCUCCAGGACGCGUGGGUUGACCAGUUCACCCCUGGAGGUCUAGUCCUGCGUCUGCCCCCUGCUCGUGUCGUCCUCUGGCGCACGAGACUCUCCUUUGGCACCACCGCCUUGGUCACCCCUCCCUGCCUCGACUUCGAGGGCCGACAGCGCGCCGCUCCUCACUCCUCCUCGUUUCCUCCGACUGAGGCCCCUCUGCAGACUCUUCACAUGGACGUGUGGGGCCCAGCCCGCGUCCGUGGACAGGGUCACGAGCGUUACUUCCUACUGGUCGUUGACGACUACUCGCGUUACACCACAGUCUUCCCCUUACGCAGCAAGGGUGAGGUCACUGAGACAUUCACGCUUCCGGCCUCCCCGCAGCAAAAUGGGAUUGCUGAGCGCCGCAUUGGCAUGGUCAUGGACGUCGCUCGUACGUCCAUGAUCCAUGCGGCUGCUCCCCAUUUUCUGUGGCCGUUCGCGGUUCAGUACGCUGCGCAUCAGAUCAACCUUCAGACCUCGUGUCUCCUUGCCGGAGACCACACCUACACUGAGGUGGACGGGGAAGGUACUCCCCUGGUAGACCCCCUCCCCCCCCAGGGUCCUGCCCCCUCAGGUGUGUCCCAGGUAGACCCUGCCGAGCCGGUCGAGGUAGCUGUCGACUCAGGUGCUGCUAGGGGUGCUGACCCUGCGGGUGCGGGGACUGGGGGUGCUGAGACUGGGGGUGCUGAGUCUGGGGGUGCUGAGACUGGGGGUGCUGAGUCUGGGGGUGCUGAGACUGGGUGUGCUGAGCCUGGGGGUGUGGCGCCUGAGGUUGCUGCUGGUGCUGCUGGAGCUGCUGGAGGUGCUACUGGUGCUGGCGCUGCUGGAGGUGGUGCUGGUGCUGGAGCUGCUGGAGGUGCUGGAGGUGCUACUGGAGCUACUGGAGGUGCUGGCGCUGCUGGAGGUGGUGCUGGUGCUGGAGCUGCUGGAGGUGCUGCUGGUGCUGGUGCUGCUGGUGCUGGAGCUGCUGGAGGUGCUGGAGCGUGUCCCUCUGCCGUCUCCUCCUGCGUCCUCUCUUCCUGA